AUGUGGGCCUGGGACGGUGAUCGUCUGAAUCGCCUAUACUGUAUGUUGUUUGAGUGCAAUAGAGGCUACGUUUCUGACUUCCCAAUCCAAACUUGUAGGUGCAACAAGGCGGAUGGGGAGUGCUUCGCAAAUAAUAGGCCGGGCCAGGCUACAGCAAUCCUGAUAAUACGCAGUACACAAGUACACUGGCGCGGAUAUCAGAGGCCGAAUAACGGUGCAGGUGGUGAGACGCCCCUAGACUACUGGAAAGCAGAAGCUAGCCCCGGGCCUGCGACGUGGCCGGCCUUCACACUCCACUCACCACUCACCAACUCCGGAAGUACUGGGGCGGGAGAGGACAAGAGGGACGAGACAUGUGCUCGGCAACCCGAGCAGCAAUCAAUGAUGAGAACUGCCCGCACCCGCCCGGCAGCCCUCGUGCGCCACACGAGACAGCAGCACUUCGAGCGUCGUGCAGAUGGGAGCAGGGGAGCAGGGGAGCAGGGAGAGGAGCAGGGGAACAGGGCAAGCAGCGUCGGAUCGUGA